AUGCGUCUACAAUCAAAUGAGUUGGACUCAAUCUCAAAGGAUGCAAUGCAAAACUUCGUAGAUUGGAUACUUGAUGUAGGUGAUGGAAAACAAUGCUCGGAUAUAGAAGAAUCGUCGAUAUAUAUAGAACAAAAUUUGAUACUCCCAAAAUCACAUGAUGAUGUUCAAUCUAUAGUUGACGCUAUUUAUCCAAAUUUAAAUAGCCAUAUUGGGGGCACAAGUUACCUUGUGUCUUGGGCUAUCUUGACACCUACAAAUGAAAUAGUUGACGAUAUAAAUCACGACAUUUCGAAGAAUUUCACAGGCGAAGAAAUAAUCUAUUUAUCAUCAUACUCAAUUUAUAAGGAAGAUUUCAAUGUUCAAGAUCAAGAUCUUCUUUACCCUACUGAGUUUUUGAACACACUCAAAUUUUUGGAUUUGCCAUCACAUAUUUUAAGGCUUAAAAAAGGAUCCGUAGUAAUGUUAAUGAGAAAUUUGAAUCAAGGAGCUGGGCUAUGUAAUGGUACAAGAAUGAAAAUUACACAACUUGAAAAAUGGUUUGUGGAAGGAGAAGUGUUGAGUGGAUCUAUCAUUGGAGAUAAAGUUUUCAUUCCAAGAAUAUCUUUGUCACCUUCAUAA